AUGGCGGAUCCCAGAAGCCCUGCUGCCGUGGGCAAAGCACCACCCAUAUUCAGAAUCAACCUCUCACUCCCGCCAUCAGAACGCUAUGUCGAGCUGGCGCGUAUCUACCGAGACAAAAUGCGUGCCCUACGCGGCAUGUUCGAUGAACUGGUCCGAGGCAUUUCGCCCAAGAUUCCACUGAAAGGCGUGCAUUGGCUGGCCAAACUCUCUUUGCGCAGACUCUACACGGACGAAGAAACGGACGAAUUACGUGGGAUCAGUCGCACGACGGAUAUUGACAUGUACCUCCUCAUCAGCCUGAACACGGUACUUGACCUUCUCAUGGGCUGUACCAGUGGUGGUGUGCGCAGCAAAAGCGGAUCCCAGACCAAAAUGCUUCAUUUCCGAACUCUGGAUUGGGGUAUGGAUCCAUUGCGUGAUUUGAUCGUGCAGCUGGAAUUUGUACGAGACGAUGACCCGGAGAAAGUGCUUGCCACGAGCAUCACGUACGUGGGUUAUGUCGGCGUGCUGACGGGAGUGAGAAAGGAUUUGAGCAUGUCACUGAAUUUCCGACCUGUGCAUGAUGAAUCACGGAACGUGGCCUUUUACACGAAUCAUCUACUCGUUCUGCUGGGAAUUCGGCAAUCGAUCUCGUCACUACUGCGAGAGUGUCUUUUCCCGUUCCCCGACGGACCGAAGCCAAAGAAGAGAGAAGAAUCUCUAUCAACACUGGAAAAGAUCGUUGCUCAAAUCCCCAGCAUGCCGACCACGGCAGUGUACUUGAUCUUCAGCGACGGGGUGACUACGGUGACCAUGGAGAAAGACCAUGGAACUGCCGUCGUGCGCUCCUCACCUUCAUUCAUCAUAGCCACGAACCACGACCACGAGCCCAACUCUUUGCCACCCAAAGCUAUUGCUGAUGAAAAGAGGAAGAACCACGUUGGUCUAUCACUCGUCUCACCCGAUGGCCAAGUCAUGGCCGACCUCAUCGAAGACAGCAACGAAAGACGCGAUUGCAUGCAAGCCCGAUGGGAUGAAAAAGUACAAAAGUCUGUACAAGCUAAAGAGGCCGCUAUGAAGAAGGUCACAGAAAAUAUCGAGAAUCUUGAUCAGCCGCAGGGCAGUCGUUCAUCACUACGCCUGCGAAAGAAACGAGAGGAAGAAGCCGAGGAGGCUGAGCAACAACGCGCCUCAAUGCAGGACUCGUUGGAAGGCGCGGAUGUGGCUGCUACUCAAAAAGAAAUCAUCUCUUGGUUGACGACAUUCCCGGUCUUGAACGAAACCACACAUUACGCGACUAUCAUGGACCCGUCCAAGGGCAAAGUGGCUUGGGUACGACAAUAUGAUCCAAGCGAAUGGGAAAAGGAAAGCGGGAGUGACUAG